GUUGAAGUUACACCCCUCUCUACUUUCGUCCAAAUUUGUGUGUUGGGGUGCUUCCGGAAGUCGUUGUUAUGUAGAAGUUAGUGCAUUCGACCUCCAAUCGCCAAGCAUGAUCUCAUUGGAAAAAUAGUUGGGUUGCAGUUUAAGGAAUUAUGGACCAGAGACCCAGUUGCAAUGUAUUUGGUUACAUUGAUUGGACGACUGGUCUCCUGCUGAGCGACAACUCAUCAGAGGUAUAUCCGGAACCACAGCAGUCGCCACAUCAACACCAUCAAUCGUCACAAUCACCAACGGCCAUUGCAUUAUCUCCGGGAAUUGCCAUUCCUCGGCUACCUACAGAAUUACCUUCUCAUCCAAAGCUUCAGCCUCAACAAGGACCCGUCACUUCUCCACCGCUAUCCUUACCACUAACACCAAUUGUCCAGCUAACCAACACGUCGACCCAUUGCACUCCUAGCUACACUCUUGCUCCUACGACGGAAAUAGUGAUAAAUAGAUCAGGUAGCAGCUACCCGUUGCAACAAGAUUCGGUUGCUGGACCCAAUUUUCUUUCUCUGUUUGGAGAGUCAUCUAACAAUACAGAUCAUCGUGCGUGUAACUACAACUACCGCUUUCCCUUUAGUCACCAAAGUGGUGCUUCGGACGCACCUCCUAGCCACGUUGGCUGUUCUUCCCUAUUUUCUACACCUAUUCCAGGAUCUAGCCACCAAUCUUAUUCUUCCGCCGUCAUGACCAGCCGUACGAAAUGCAAGGGGAAGGAUCGUCUCUCCAACAAAAGAGGAACGUCAGUUAUGUCAGAACCAACUGAAGAUUUCGGUAGCAGAAGCUGCAAAUUUCAACGCUCACACUCGUCUUCGUUAGCUGAUUACGAAGACCUCCAAUCGACAUUCUUAAGAGAAGUAAGUCGGGAUGAAGAGGAACAAGACGAUGCCAGGAUGUUGACACCAUCCCCUACGCCAUCAGACGAACCCCGAGGAAGCAGAGGUGGCCGGCAAAAUCACAGCGAAAUUGAAAAAAGACGGCGAGACAAAAUGAACACGUACAUUACUGAGUUAUCCCGAGUAGUUCCUAUGUGCAUAACUAUGUCCCAUAAACUCGACAAGUUGACGGUACUUCGAAUGGCUGUUCAACAUCUUAAGACCAUUCGAGGUGCUAUCCAUUCGUACAGCGAAGGGGACUACAAGCCAUCCUUUCUUUCUGACGAAGAGCUUAAACGUCUUAUAUUGCAGUCUGCUGAUGGCUUUUUAUUCGUCGUGGGCUGUGAUCGAGGAAGAAUGUUGUACGUGUCCGAGUCGGUGUCCCAAGUGCUCAAUUAUUCACAGGGUGAUUUGCUAGGCCAAAGCUGGUUUGACAUAUUGCAUCCAAAAGAUGUGGCCAAAGUUAAAGAGCAGUUGUCAUCGUCAGAUCUCAGUCCUCGUGAACGUCUCAUUGACGCCAAAACUAUGUUGCCAGUGAAAACCGACGUACCUCAAGGUCUAUCCAGACUUUGUCCAGGGGCUCGCCGAUCGUUUUUUUGUCGCAUGAAAUGUCGAGCCACCCAAUCUACAAAAGACACCGUUGAGGCUCCUGGCACCUUGUCAUCGAAACAUCGGAAAACACAAAACGUUAGCAAAGAAAAAAAGUACACAGUAGUACACUGCACUGGUUACUUAAAAUCUUGGGCCCCAGCAAAAAUUGGAGUCCAUGAUCAAGAUGCCGAAGGAGAUGUGGACGCAUGCAACUUAUCGUGUCUGGUGGCGGUUGGUCGUGUUCCAAGUCAAAAUUUACAAAAUUGCGGUUCGAGCAGUUCAGCCUUUGGCAAAAAAAGAGCUGUUAACGAAUCAUCACUCCAGCGUCGAUCCUUGAAUUUUGAAUUUAUAUCUCGGCACACGAUCGAUGGAAAGUUUGUUUUUGUCGAUCAACGUGCCACGUUGUUACUCGGACUCUUGCCACAAGAACUAUUAGGAACAAGUAUGUACGAAUACUAUCAUGCGGAUGACAUAGUCGCCCUAACGGAAGUCCACAAGUCUGCUCUUCAGGCAACUGAAAGUGUUACAACAGCGAUUUAUCGAUUUCGUGUGAAGGAGGGAACCUUCGUGCGACUCCAAUCUCGCUGGAAAUCAUUUAGAAAUCCAUGGACAAAGGAUAUUGAAUUUCUCGUGGCCAAAAAUGCCUAUAUAGACGUCGAAUGUGAUGCCAUAAGUCCUUGUACCGACUCGGCUGCCGCAAAUUUUUCCAACAACGAUGUUUUCUACCAAGGUACGGGAACAGGAGGUACACAGACACCGUCUCGGGUUCGCUUGUUCAGUAUGGAAUUGGAAGCUAGUAAAAUUGGACAGACUGUGGCUGAUGAAGUUUUGGACUUCCACCGGUCAAGGUCGCGUUCUUCGACAUCUGCGAUUUCUUCUUCAGCCGUCCGUUCACCAGGAUCGGUUCUUUCGUGCUCAGCUACGGCAUCUCCAUUUUCGAACGUUGGUAGUCCACUGGACCCAGAUCCUAAUUAUCUGGCGACUGGUGCUUUACCAUCAUCAUUCCCUAACGAGGAAGUUCGUCGCCAUCCAGUUUCAGUGGGUGGUUCAUCUAGUGCACAGCCUACCGCAACAGCUGGAAGUAUAAUGAAUACGCCAAGAAAUUUAGAAUCGGUAGCUGCCACCUUGGCCGCGCAGGUUAAUAGCAACGGUAGUGGAAGCAACAGUAGUGGUAGUAACAGUGGAUUACGUGGACUCAGCAAUCACCACAAUCUCAACAAUAACCACAGUCAUGCUAAAAUCAGGAACAACGCUCAGCUUUUACACAUAUUGAAUGAGGCUGGGUUGCAUGCUGAUGAAGACAUGAUGGAAGUGAUUGGUGGGUUAAUGAUGGAUCAGUCACAAAGUUCAUCACGUGAAAAUAGUGGUCCUGGUGAUGGCAACGACGAAGCUGCUAUGGCUGUCGUCAUGAGCCUCUUGGAAGCCGAUGCUGGUUUGGGUGGACCAGUUGAUUUCUCCGGCCUUCCUUGGCCAUUGCCUUAAAUU